GACGCUAAAAAGUGCAAGUAGAGAAGACAAUUUUCGAGAAAAUUAAUUGCCACGAUAAUUAGAGUGCUAUUUUUAACGUUUUUGCUGUAAGUGGAAAAGAAACAAUACACUAGAGUGUUAAGAUGGCAUCAGUUAAUAUGGAUAAAACAGCUUUUAUGAAUCAAGCUCAACAUAUUUGGUCUAUGUUAGAUGACAUGUCUAAGAAUGACCCAGCAGGAUAUAAAAAGUUUAUAGAUCAACAGAUUAAACAAGGUAAAGAGGAGAUGGCCCCACCCAAACCUCACAUGUGUAUUUCUACUAACUUGAAGGUUCCAGAAAAGAUCAAGCUGUACAUCAAUUUUUUUGGUUGGGCUAAAAUUCCUGGUCCUAAAUCUGCUGAAGAUGCUGUACCAGUUAUGGGAAGUUCAAUACAGGAGGAAAAAGAAAAUGGAGGAAAAUAUAAAAUUGUGUCAGUGGCAUUUAAUCCCAAGGUCCUGGAAGAAUUUGGUAGAGAUGCUAAGAACUCUGCAGACCUGGAUACAUUGAUUAAUCUAGCUAUGGACUAUAUUGAUCAACUCAACAAAGUGAAGUGUUCGAGAAGCUACAGCAUUCUGCCUAAAGAUGAUCUCUAUAAGGGAGAUCUCAAAAAACUUCAAAAAAGUUUUAGUGUCAAGUCCGAGCAAAAAGAUAAAGAAUUUAGCGACAAUUUUGAUGAACUGAGUAAAACGUUUGGACCACUGGCAGGCGCUUCCAAGGGUGGUUUAUUUGAACAGUUAGCUAAUAUCGCUGUGGAUGACAACACAGAGAAAACAACAGGCGUCGAGAGCGAGCAGAAAGGACCACAAAUUUUUUUACCCGACACUGUCAAGAAACCGGGUUUGAUUCAAGAAAUCAGCGAGCCAACUCAAGCCAAAAUUCACAAAGAAAUACCAAAAGACGUUACUUCACCAGUGACGCCGAAGUAUGAAGUAGAGAAAUCUUGGAAUGAUAAGAAUCAAGGACAAUGUUGUAUUAGAAUUUAUCUACCUGAUGUAACCAGCGUUGUGGAGUGUGAAUUAGAUAUAUCAGAGGAGGAAUUGGAAUUGGUAGUGCCAGAAAAAUACAAGUUAAAGAUGCAGUUAGUGAAUAAAGUAGAUGAUGAACACUCUACAGCUAAAUUUAUCAAGCAGACCCAUUGUUUAGUAGUUACCAUGCCAAUAUUAAAGAAAUAGCUGCAUUAU